AUGGUUGCAAAUUCUGUGAAGGAUGAUGCUCCAACUAAUAAGAAGAUGAAGAAGUCUUCUGGGCAUGAAAAGAGAUUAGAUAAACAUAACUAUGAGUGUCUGGUUUCUUGGAGGAUGAGAAUUUCUCUAGCAAGGGCUCUUUUCGUUCAGCCUACUCUAUUGCUGUUGGAUGAACCUACUAAUCAUCUUGAUCUUCGGGCUGUUCUAUGGUUAGAGGAGUACCUGUGCAGAUGGAAGAAAACUCUGGUCGUUGUUUCACAUGAUCGAGACUUCCUUAAUACUGUUACCAGUGACAUUAUUCAUCUCCAUGACAUGAAACUGCACCUCUAUCGGUGUAAAUUUGAUGAUUUUGAAAUUGUGUUUGAACAACGUUGCCAGGCUAUGAACAAAAAGUAUGAUGAUUAUAUUAAGCACAGAGGAGCUGCCAAGAGAUCUGGAGAUCCCCCUCAGAAGUGGAGGGACUACAGGGUGGAGUUCCACUUCCCUGAGCCUACCGAACUGACACCUCCACUUCUUCUGCUAAUUGAGGUCAGCUUCAGUUACCCUAAUCGACCAGAUUUCAGGCUCUGUGAUGUUGAUGUUGGAAUUGAUAUGGGGACUCGAGUUGCUAUUGUUGGGCCCAAUGGAGAGGGCAAAUCGACCUUGCUUAUCCACUUGUCAGGUGACUUGGUUCCUACAGAAGGUGAAGUCCGCAGGAGUCAAAAGUUGAGGAUUGGAAGGUACUCGCAGCAUUUUGUUGAUCUUCUCACAAUGGAUGAGACACCUGUCCAGUACCUGCUUGGUCUUCAACCAGAUCAAGAGGGACCUAGUAAGCAAGAAGCCGUUCGUGCAAAGCUAGGAAAAUUUGGACUUGCCAGCCAUAACCAUCUUACCCCUAUUUUAAAGUUGUCUGGAGGACAAAAGGCUAGAGUUGUCUUUACGUCUAUUUCCAUGUCGAAGCCUCACAUCUUGAUAUUAGAUGAGCCAACAAACCAUUUGGACAUGCAGAGUAUCGAUGCUUUGGCAAAUGCUCUUGAGGAAUUCACUGGUGGAGUUGUGUUAGUUAGUCAUGACUCGAGGCUCUUAUCAAGGCUUUGUGAUGACGAAGAAAGAAGUGAAAUAUGGAUAGUUGAGAAUGGGACCGUUGUAAAGUUCCCAGAUACAUUUGAUGAGUACAAGGCAGAACUUGUAAGGCAAAUCAGGGAAGAGGUCGAUGAUUGACGUUGCAACUGGUUUUUUCUAUUGUAGUGUCUUUUGAGGGAGAGUGUGAUCUUCUUUGGAGGGAGAGUUUUCUUUUUUGACUUCAUAUAAAUGAACAUAGUAACUAAAUUAUACUGUGUCAUAUUUUAUCUAUUUCUUGUUAUGGUUUUGCCUCAGACAAUUAUGUCAGCAACAUUGAUAUUUUCU